AGGUAACAGAGAACUGCUGGAGACUACUCAAUAUUCUGUGGACUGCUUUAAUGACACUGACCAGACCACUUGCACCCUGACCCGCCCAUCCAAUCCUGCACCAAAUAAAGUUGUCAGGAGUUUGGCCUGUAAAAAGACUGCAAAUAAGACACUUCAUUUGCGCUUAUGUUUUGGGGGUCUGAUCCUAGAGACUGACAUGAAUAGUGCAGUGGUCAGCGGGUGAGAGUGGAGUGAGGAUGUUUUGGACCUCUACAAAGAACACUUCUUCACAAGUGGAAAUGGUUCCCAAGAUUAAUAUUACAAGUGCUUAUCUUUUUCCACUAACUUUACCAUUUUUAUUGUAAACCCUUAUUUAAAAAAUACUGCGGUUUUCACUAUUGUGAGCAUUGGCUCCAAAUGCUGCAGACUCACUGCUGCAAAUUGUAGUCCUCUAGUAUGUCUGGACUAUUGUAGAAUAGCACAGCAGUCAGAAGAAAAAAAUUGCAACUGCUGUAAGGUAAGGUUGCCAGUUGUGGUUGGACUUAUUCCUGGAUAUUUCAUCACAUGAUUGUCUUUAAUUCAAAUAAUCUUUCAAUCCUGGAGAGUUGGCAACCCUGGCUGCAGUUUAUCUUAACACUGGGAGGGCUGCAAUGAAAUAGGAUUAUGAAUAAUGCAGCCUAGUGCUUGUGCUAUUUAUGCUGACAUUAAAAUCAGUUUAUUUUACUGUAUCUCUACAUUUCCAGGAGCAUUCCAUCAUUGUAAGCAAUCACGGAAAAGCAGCUGUAGGCACAAAGGGUUAAUAGUCACAGCAAGUAGGUUUCACUUUUGCUUUGGACUUGUGUUUUUACUUCCUGAUUCCAGCAGAGCAGUCAUUGUAACUUGAGCCCUGACUGACACACAAUGUGACCAUUUAAUUCUUUGCAUUGCCCUGGGGAAGCCAAUAACAGAUCAGAAGAAAAGACUCAACAAAGAUAAGAUAGCAACUUCCUCAUUGACAAUUCCAUAACCGGCUGGAAAUUUAUUGUAAGAGUACUCUGCCGUUGGGGCAGUCCUGCAAACCAUGAAGGAGCUUCGAGCAGCAGCAGCUGCCAAACAAGACAUUUUAAUGGACUACGUUGCAUACUAUGGCACGAAGUGGUCGGAAGGAAAACUUCUGAUAUGCAACGAGACAACGAUAAAAACAAGAGCUAAACACUUCCUGGAGUCUGGUGCCUGCCCUGCAGAGAGAUUUAGCAAGCUUAGUUUCUACAGCAUUGCAGAGAAUUGUUUACAGAUGAAAAAAGAACCAGGAGACAAUAUUUUCAAAAACCUCAUCAAAGCUUUGGAGUUUCUGGAGCUACUCUGCAUCAACCUGUUCCUCUCACCAUGGAGAAAAGAAAUAAAGUCGCUGAAGACAUUUACAGGUAAUUUUGUCUAUUGUGUUCAAUCUGUGCUCCCAGACAAUGUAGUGAAAACAAUACUGGAGAAAAUAGGUUACAUUGCAACAACAGCAACCGAGUUUUCACUUGUCAGGAAGAUAAAUGAAGAGGAAACAAAAGAGACUGCAUUUGAAAUAUUUCUUGCAAGAAUUGAGUGUGAAACCAUCCUUGAAAUGACAAAUGAAGCACAACACAGUGAUUUGGGGGAUAUCCUACAGAAGAGAGCACAAAUGCAAUGGUAUCAUGAAGAGAACGAAGACAGAGAGAGUCAACCCUUCCAGAGAGAGGACCCUGAAAAUCUGGGAAACAAAGAAAGUCAUGAGACUUCUUCAUGUCUUGGUGCUCAACAGAAGUCCUCAACUAACAGUGAGAAACCCUUUGAAAUGGAUAGAAAUAGUAAGAUCAAAGAUGAAUCCCAUUUUAAAUCUGCUGCUGCUCUGCCAUGGUUAGCUCAAUCCACUUACAAGCUUCAAGCAUACCCAAGGCAAGUCAGUGACUCUGCACAUUCUCAUGGCAAAUGCUCAGAGAGCGAAGAUUUCUUGAAUGAAUACAGUGACAUUGUCAUAGGACAAAAGCCCAUCUUCAGUGAGAAUUCUUCUCUGAAAGCGUUUGGAAAGAGGCUAAGAGACGGUCAGAGUGAAGAAUUUGUUUUGACGAACUCAACACCGUUGACAGGAAACGAAGCUGGCUCCACUCCACUCUCACCAGGGGCAAGCGGCCCACACGCCUUUGCAAUAUUUACCGAUGUUCCUUCUGAAAGCAGAAGUGCCCUUGAUAAAUACAGAGCCCAAGCGGUCUCUGAAGAAACCAUCGAAGCAAAAAUCAGUGAUGCCAUGAAUUGCAUAGGCAGCCCCACAAAUCCUGCAGAUCAACCCCAGCAGCUGAAACCCCUGUUACAUGGCAAUACAGUCGUUACAGAAUGUAAUUCAACAAAGGAAGACAAAGUCUGUGAAUUGUCUUCAUCUUUUAGCAAACUAAAAAUCCAGGAAGCUCACGAUGAAGAACUUAUGUAUCCAGUAGAGGAAACAACACAACCUGAGUCUAUAACGUAUGUAAAUACAAGCAAUAAAGACAUCCAAGAAUGUAAUCACUCCAAGAUGAAAAGCAUGUAUCUGGCAAGUGUUCAGCCAACAAGUAAAGCAACCUUCAAUGUUGGUCAGUCCUCCUCAAACCUACUUGGUAAUGCCAGUGAGGACCCUCAGGGUCCUACCACUGGCUCAGACAAGAGACCAUUAAUGGAUACACCUGUAACACAUGCAGCUUCAGACGGCUUCAAACACAUCAGAGAGCCACCUAAUCUCACUUACAUCCCUCCCAGAAGUAUUUAUGUUUCUCCUUCAGCCACUACCACCACCACAGUGGAUUGUAGGAAGACACACUUACAGCCUGAAGGAGGUUUGCUUGAGUCCUCUUCACCUACAGACAAAGGAAAGUUUGAGACUUUUACUUCGAAAGUGAAUGAAACUAACCAAGAGGACUAUGUAAUUGUCAACAAGGAUGAUUAAUAAAGAAUGCCAGGCCUGUAUAAUUCUGCUUUUGCUGUUGGUCUAUAACACGCAUGUAUUUCCAGGCUGGUCUUGGUCCUCUCUUGAGCAAAGAUUUGUCAUACCAAAGCACAUGGUGCUUUUGGGUAGUGAAGAAAAGGUCCAUUAGAGUCUCCUCUAUUUGUCUUCAGUGAUGACACUGAUACUCAGGUGCUCAGACCUGAAUGGUCACCUGUUCUUAAUUUGUGUUAAAAGUGUGGAUAAAGUUACAAAUGUAUUUCAUAUGAUGUUUAAAGUUAAGGCACUUCAGGCCCUGCUGUACUGGCUUCUGACUGGUUUCUCAAAUGCAUACACUGCCACUUUCUCUCUCAGACAAGUGAUUCUUGCAACAAGGCAGAAAAUUUCUUCAAAUAAUGCAAUUGUCUAAAAUGUUGUGCAAUGGGGAAAAUAGAUAAAUGGUUCCAAAUUAAGGUUCACUGUUUAUAACCUCUUCCAUGCUGCAUUAAAGUUAUGUUUGAAACUCAUCACAUUUCAGUAAAGUUAGCUUUUCAUCUAAUAUUCUUUUUCCUUGUUCAAUCCUAAAAUUGAUUUAAGAAGUUCGGUAAAAUUCUGUUUGGACAUUUGAAGAAAAUAACUUGAGAUAAAACACUCUGCUGAUCCAUCUUCAGAUGUAUUUUAGCAUUAGGAUAAUCCUGUAUGUCUUCUCAGUGUACUUGAUUCUAUGCAAUUCUAGGUUUUGAUACUUGCCUUUGUUACCACCAAAUAAUACCAAAAAAGUAUUUAUUGGUCUUAGGCCCCAGUUCUGAAAUUUGACUCUCACACAGACCUUUAUGUCUGUACAAAAUCUUGGUAAACUCAGUGGUGCUUGGCACAAGAAGAGGGACUUUCCUUCUGAAUAAGAUGGCUGGCUUGAGGCCUCAGUGAGGACUAGUGCCUUUAGCCAGUGAUAAAAAUUCUUUAUAAAUGAAGUUAUAACCAUUUGAAAACUACAUGUUUCUCUUGUGCUAUACAUAAAGGCUGCGUCUAGACUGGCAUGAUUUUAUGGAAAUACUUUUAAUGGAAAAGUUUUUCUGUUAAAAGUAUUUCCGCAAAA